AUGUCGUCGGCGCAUCGCCCAACAUGGGAGCCAGCGCGCGCCAAGGCUGACCUGUCACAUAUCUCACAGGUACAAUCCAAACACGCAGCACCUACACAAACCCGACUCAAGUUUCGAAAACCGGGAGACACACAAAAAAGGAGCGUCCAAGAAUUAAAGGACCAACUUAUAGCAGGUGAGAAACGCGCGUUCGCAGAGCGGAAUCCCGACAAAGAAAUAAUAGAGACUCCAGAAGAAAAAAAAGUGAAACUGGUUUCUUGGAAUGAAGACGCUGAUGAUGAUGAGCUUUCGGCGCCGCAUCAAGAGGAUCUAAAGGAAGACAAAACAGAAAUCCGAGCUGAGAGCCGCGGCGACAAUCAUGCGGAAGAGCAGGACGAGCAGGAUGAGGCGGAGGACGACGAAGAGGAUGAAGACGAAGAUGAGGAUGACACCGAAGCCCUUCUUCGCGAGCUUGAGAAAGUGAAGCAAGAACGACGCGAGCAACAAGCACGCCUUGAGCAGACUGCCAAUGCUAAGGAGCAACUCACUCGCGAAGAGGAAAUUGCGCGCGGAAAUCCUUUAUUAAAUCUGGAGCAAGCUAUUCAUGGACGCAUGUCACACACACCCUCGAUCUCGACCCAACAAGCACGCUGGGACGACGACCUCAUUUUCCGAAACCAAGCAUCAAAUACAGGGAAUGAUCUAAGCAAGCGUGGAUUUGUGAAUGAUCUUACGCGUACGUCGAAUGCUAUGCUUACCCUCAGGCACCGAAUUUCACAAAAAGUUUAUGAGUGUAUGUCGUGUCAAGCUAACGAAGCAGCGCUAUAUCAAAUAGGCGCAGUCUCUGUACUAUAA